ACAGCCAGACAGAGGUACACGGACGCACGGACAAAGAGAGGACCGAGAGAAGACCCAGGAGCGACCAUCUCCCGUGCCAGUGUCGCGCCGAUACCGCCCACGUUUUGGGGAUAGACGUAUUACGCGCAGCCGUGGUGACAGACGGAACCCCCAUAAGAACCACAUGGCUUUUUAAAUCUUCUGCAGAGAAGAACACCAUUCUUCAACUGUUGUGGUCAUUUUCCCUCUCCUGGUUUUUCCUAUUGCUCUGAAUGAUUGAAGCCAUGCCUGUUGUGCAUGCAACCACAGGGCUGCACGAGACACUGGCUGUUCUCACCUCUCAGCUCCACCCCGAUGCCAGACACAAAGAAGAUCUGUCCUUCCUCAAAGAUGUUUUAAGUGAAAAGAGCCUUGCUUAUCUUAUGAAGAUCCAUGAAAAAUUAAAGCAGUAUGAAAAACUUGGUCCAGAACCAGUCUUGGACAGUGCCUCCUGCCUGGCAGAAGAUCUGACUGAAGAUCUCCAGAACGGACCUCUGGACAAUGAUGAAAGAGAGCUGCUCCUACUUCUCAGUGCUCCUCACCUCAAGGCGGUGCUGUCAGCUCAUGACACAGUGGCCCAGAAAAACUUUGACCCAGUGCUGCCCCCUCUCCCUGAAGAGUUGAACGAUGACUUUGAGGAGGAGUCUGUGAAAAUUGUCCGUUUGGUCAAAAACAAGGAGCCUCUGGGUGCCACUAUUCGCAGAGAUGAGGCCACUGGGGCUGUAAUAGUGGCCCGAAUCAUGAGAGGAGGAGCAGCUGAUCGCAGUGGUCUGGUGCAUGUAGGAGACGAACUUCGAGAAGUAAAUGGGAAGGUCAUCACCCACAGACGACCAGACGAAAUUAGCCAGAUACUGUCCCAGUCCCAAGGAACUAUCACAUUGAAGAUUGUACCAGCUGUAGCAGAAGAGGAUCGACUUAAGGAGAGUAGGGUUUACCUUCGAGCUCUGUUUGACUACACUCCGUUUGAGGACAAAGCCACCCCAUGCCAAGAGGCAGGACUCCCUUUUAAGAGAGGGGACAUUCUGCAGGUGGUGAGCCAGGAGGACACCACCUGGUGGCAGGCCAAGAAAGUUGGUGACAGUAACCUACGUGCUGCUCUUAUUCCCUCAACUCAGUUUCAGGAUAGGCGUUUGAGAUACAGGAUGAAAAUGGGUUCUUUUCCUCAUCCCAACUCAAUCAAAGUCCCCACAUACGAUCAGGCCGAUAGAGAGGACUGUGACUGUGAGGCUGUUCUGAAUGGGAAGGACUUAGCUGUAGUUUCUCCCAAGAGUAAGACAACUGCUGCCUUCUGUGGCCAUUCUCUGUCAUGGGAUUUUUCUUCAGCCAGCCUGAGGAGAAGUCUACGCCUAAAGAAGGAUCGUCAGGCUUCAUCGGGAGAUGCCCACACUCCAGAGGCCAAUCACCUAAACUUCCUGAUUUAUGAGGAGGUUACACAGUAUCUGCCACGCUCGGACGAGAACCCCCGCCUCAUAGUGCUCAUUGGUUCACUGGGAGCGCGAACCACUGAGCUCAAACAGAAGGUCAUAGCUGAAAAUCCCAGGCGCUACGGCCUGGCUGUGCCACACACCACUCGAGCCAGAAGGAGUCAGGAGAGAGAAGGAGUGGAGUACCACUUCAUCAGCAGAGCAACAUUCGAGGAUGACAUCCAGAGCGCCAAAUUUAUUGAAUAUGGGGAGUAUAAAGACAAUCUCUACGGCACCAGUUUAGAGUCCAUCCACAGAGUUCUGGCUCAUAACAAAGUCUGUCUGGUGGAUGUACAACCUGAGGCAUUAAAAACACUACGGACAGCUGAGUUCAAGCCGUAUGUCAUAUUUGUCAGACCUCGUAUCCUUGAUAGUCAAAGGAAACUCCUCGGCUCCACUUCUUCUCUUUCUGCUGGAAUAACGGAAGAGGACCUGAUGGAGAUGAAACAGUCAGCUGACCUCAUUGACGAAUGCUAUGGUCAUUGGGUGGACUAUGUUCUGUUGAAGGAGGAUGCUAUGAGUGCCUUGAUUGAGCUGCAGGUUGUGAUGGAGCGGGUGCAGAGGGAGCCACAGUGGGUGCCUGUGUCCUGGCUCCAGAGCUAGCCCCUCCAUGCUCCCAUUGCUCAAUUUGUGCCAAAAUAGACCGUUACAGUGCUGAUAUCGGCACCUCUGAUUUAAAUCAGUCAUGUGAGACUUUGUGUUGUAAUUUAAGACUUUCUGACACCAACACACAAUUCACUUUCAGUAGUGAUUUAUGGGAUUUUUUGGCCCUCCAGGACAAUUUUCACCUCCAGUUACUUGGGAUAUACAACAAAAACUCGCUCGCCAGUUUACUUACAAUUGGUAUUUUUCUAUGACAGAAAAAGUUUCUUUCUUGACACUAAGAUUGAAUAGAAAAAAAAACAUACAUAUUGUGUCCAAAAAGAAUUCAAAAUGGGUCCAUAAUUUGAAGCAUAUUUUUUUCUUUUUACAUUUUGUUUUUAGCAAUUAUCUUAUUUUUAUCCAUUUUUAUUGCCCACGAUCUUCAAAGGUGCCAACAUUAAAGGGCACCGAGAUGUACUAAUGACAAUACGCUUUAUUCUACCCGCUAUUUUAUUUGUGUAAACAACUAGCAAGGAUUGGUGUUGUGAAUAAAAAUAGUGCUGAAAUGUAUCCACCCUGAGUAGGAGCAGCUUGUGCCAGACACAUGGUUCAUGCAUGCAGUAGAUAUGUACAGUGCAAGAUCAAUGUUCACAUAACCAGCUAAAAUGAAAUGUGCCAUAUUGUACAAAGUGUUGAUGGUAAAUAAAAUCAAAAGGAAGUGAACAGAAAAAAGUAAUAAUGAC